UCUCGCCGUCCCUCAGAACCUUCCAGGCGCUCAAAAAGGAUUGGGAAGAAACGAAACUUUCCCUAGUUUUCAGACUUCUUAAUAGAAGGGGCCAGUCUGACUAAAAACAUCACUGAGGGGUCCGCUGAGUCUGACGCCGUGAGCAUGGCCCUCAGAGGUGAACGGGCAGUUCAGUCUGGAGAACUUCAUUUUCCGAGCCGGAGAGUUCUCAUGGGAGCGCUCAGCAGAGACGGAAGUUCCACGUGUUUGUGUAGAGCAACCGCGCCCGGGUGGUGGGGGACCCGAGGCCCCGCCCCCGCACUUCGCCAUCCUGACUGGCUACAUAACGGCCCCAAGCCCCGCCCAGAGAGCGGCUCGGGUGCCCGGUGGCCUUGCCCGCGCUGCUGCUGCGAGCAUGGCCUCUCCCGGGGCUCCGCCGCCGCUGCCGGAGUUACCGGAGCGGAACUGCCGGUACGGCGAGCUCCAGUACUGGAACCAGCGCUACCGGGACGCUGCCGACUCUGCCCCCUACGAGUGGUUCGGAGACUACUCCUCGUUCCGUGCCCUUCUGGAGCCGGAGCUGCGGCCGGAGGACCGGAUCCUCGUGCUAGGCUGUGGGAACAGUGCCCUGAGCUAUGAGCUGUUCCUCCGGGGCUUCCCUGAUGUGACCAGUGUGGACUACUCAUCCGUAGUGGUGGCCUCCAUGAGGGCUCGCUAUGCCCACGUGCCCAAGCUGCGCUGGGAGAUUAUGGAUGUGCGGACACUGGGCUUCCCCAGUGGCUCCUUCGACGUGGUACUCGAGAAGGGCACGCUGGAUGCCUUGCUGGCUGGGGAACGGGAUCCCUGGACUGUGUCCUCUGAAGGUGUCCAUACUAUAGACCAGGUGCUGAGUGAGAUGGUGGAGUACAAACGGGCCACGCUUCGGGAUGAAGAUGCACCCGAGACCCCCAUAGAGGGCGGGGCCUUCCCGGACGCCUUGGAGGUGGGAUUCCCGAAGGGGACAAGACACCUCUUAGGUUCCCACACGCGGCUGGAGCUGGUCUUGGCAGGUGUCUGUCUGUUGCUGGCUGCACUGCUUCUGGGCUGCCUUGUGGCCCUGGGGGUCCAGUACCACAGAGACCCAUCCCACAGCACCUGCCUCACAGAGGCCUGCAUUCGAGUGGCUGGAAAAAUCCUGGAGUCCUUGGACCGUGGAGUGAGGCCCUGUGAAGACUUUUACCAGUUCUCCUGUGGAGGCUGGAUUCGCAGGAACCCCCUGCCUGAUGGGCGUUCUCGCUGGAACACCUUCAACAGCCUCUGGGACCAGAACCAGGCCGUACUGAAGCACCUGCUGGAAAACACUACCUUCAACUCCAGCAGCGAAGCUGAACAGAAGACACAGCGCUUCUACCUGUCCUGCCUGCGUGUGGAGCGUAUUGAGGAGCUGGGAGCCCAGCCGCUGCGUGACCUCAUCGACAAGAUCGGUGGUUGGAACAUUACGGGGCCCUGGGACCAGGACAACUUCAUGGAAGUACUGAAGGCAGUGGCAGGGACCUACAGGGCCACCCCUUUCUUUACUGUUUAUGUCAGCGCCGACUCCAAGAGCUCCAACAGCAAUGUCAUCCAGGUGGACCAGUCUGGGCUCUUUCUGCCCUCUCGAGAUUACUACCUAAACAAGACUGCCAACGAGAAAGUGCUUACCGCCUACCUGGACUACAUGGAGGAGCUGGGGGUGCUGCUGGGUGGACAGCCAGCCUCCACGCGGGAGCAGAUGCAGCAGGUGCUGGAGCUGGAGACUCAACUGGCCAACAUCACUGUGCCCCAGGACCAGCGGCGUGACGAGGAGAAGAUCUAUCACAAGAUGAGCAUCGCUGAGCUGCAGGUACUGGCGCCCUCCAUGGACUGGCUGGAGUUCCUGUCUUUCUUGCUGUUGCCGCUGGAGCUGAGUGACUCUGAGCCUGUGGUCGUGUAUGGGACCGAUUAUUUGCAACAGGUGUCAGAGCUCAUCAACAGCACGGAGCCAAGUGUGCUCAACAAUUACCUGAUCUGGAACCUGGUGCAGAAGACAACCUCCAGCCUGGACCGGCGCUUUGAGUCUGCACAAGAGAAGCUUCUGGAGACCCUUUAUGGCACCAAGAAGUCCUGCACACCAAGAUGGCAGACCUGCAUCUCCAACACGGAUGACGCCCUUGGCUUCGCUCUGGGCUCCCUCUUUGUGAAGGCCACAUUUGACCGGCAAAGCAAGGAAAUCGCAGAGGGGAUGAUCAGUGAGAUCCGGACAGCCUUUGAGGAGGCCCUGGGACAGCUGGUUUGGAUGGAUGAGAAGACCCGCCGGGCAGCCAAGGAGAAAGCAGACGCCAUCUACGACAUGAUUGGCUUCCCCGACUUCAUCCUGGAACCCAAAGAGCUGGACGAUAUUUACGAUGGGUAUGACGUCUCAGAGGAGUUCUUCCAGAACAUGCUGAAUUUGUACAACUUCUCUGCUAAGGUGAUGGCUGACCAGCUGCGCAAGCCUCCCAGCAAGGACCAGUGGAGCAUGACCCCCCAGACUGUGAAUGCCUACUACCUUCCAACCAAGAAUGAAAUCGUCUUCCCUGCUGGCAUCCUGCAGGCCCCUUUCUAUGCCCGCAACCACCCCAAGGCCCUGAACUUCGGUGGCAUCGGUGUGGUGAUGGGCCACGAGUUGACACAUGCCUUUGAUGACCAAGGGCGUGAGUAUGACAAGGAAGGGAACCUACGGCCCUGGUGGCAGAAUGAGUCCCUGGCGGCCUUCCGGAACCAUACGGCCUGUAUGGAGGAGCAGUACAGCCAGUACCAGGUCAACGGGGAGAGCCUCAACGGCCGCCAGACGCUGGGGGAGAAUAUUGCUGACAACGGGGGGCUUAAGGCUGCCUACAAUGCUUACGAAGCAUGGCUGAGAAAGCACGGGGAGGAGCAGCAGCUGCCAGCCUUGGGGCUUACCAACCACCAGCUCUUCUUUGUGGGAUUUGCCCAGGUGUGGUGCUCGGUCCGCACACCAGAGAGCUCUCACGAGGGGCUGGUGACUGACCCCCACAGCCCUGCCCGCUUCCGCGUGUUGGGCACCCUCUCCAACUCCCGUGACUUCCUGCGGCACUUCGGCUGCCCUGUCGGCUCUCCCAUGAACCCAGGGCAGCUGUGUGAGGUGUGGUAGACCUGGAUGAGGGGAGAAGUCUGUCCCUGGGGGCCUGGGGCAGCUGGCCCAGUGAGGCUGUUUGCUCUGGGGCUAGGAGAGAUGAAGGUAGGCUGGGCUGGGUCUAGCCCUUCCACACCACAGGUGACAUGUGUCCCAGCUCUCCUCAAACACCACUUUGUGCCUCUGCUUCGGGGGUGCCCCUGCCUCCAGCAGAGCCUCCACCAUUCACUGUGACAUCCGUCUGUGUCCCCCUGUCUGGCUACCCACAUGAAGGAGGCCUGGGGCGGGGGCUCACCAGCUCUCACAGGAAGGGAGUCCGUCUCUUCUGGUGACAGGCUCGCUCGGCUUGGUGGCCCAGGGGCCUGCUGUGCCUGCCCACUUGACCAGGCAGAGCCUGGGUGGUGUGCCUCCCAGACUUUCCCCAAGGCUCGCCCAGCACUAUCUUGGGAGUGGACUUAGCUACCUAGAGCCCCAGCCUAGGGGCUGCCCCAUGUACCGCUUGCUGCUGCUCCCAGUACCGCUGCUGCCCCUCACUGACAGCCCAGCUGUGCUUGGUUCUUAGCGGAAGCCUGAGGGCCUGUGUACACCUUUCUCCUGCCUCCUACUUCUCUGGGCCGAGAGGGGAUGUGUGUGUAUGUGCACAGGGUGUGCUGGCACCUGUAUCCUGGGGCACAAGUCUCAGGGGUGACCAAUUCUCCCUGCACCAAGAAAGCAAGCAGAUAAAGCAGGGAGUGGGAUGGACAGAGUUUAUUUUUACAGGGAAGAGGGUGAGGAGGGAGUGGUCUUGGCCCUAUAGGACCCCGUGCCAAUAAAUAGACACACAUCAGUCAGCCUGUCUCUUCACUCCUGUUUUUGUUUAUUCAUUUACUCAUCCCACCGAUAUUUACUGAGCACCUGCUAUAUACCAGGCAUCUUCUAGACACUCAUUAAGUCACUCACCAGACACAGGGGACUGAGAUUUGCAGCCCAGAGAAGACACAGAGAGGCAGGGUGGGGGAAUAGAAUGACGUGGAACCUGGCUAGGUAGAGUGCCUUCUCUGCUCACUGUGGCCAUUUCCCCAUCACCGGCCACUCUGCAGCCACUGGUGCACACUGAGCCUGACACAGUCUAGCUAACUGCUGGGCCAGGGUUGGCUUGGAAGGUGGGUGACCUGUACUUACCCUGCAGUGGAGAGAAGCCCUGGCCAGGGUAGCAUGCCACUACCUGGAGCUUGGAGCACCAGCAUCUGCCUGUAGCCAAGAGGACAAGAAUUUCCCCGUGGCUCCCAGGGUCAGGCUUCUAAGUCACUCAUGUCACCUACACACACUCAAGUGCCAGGCACAGAGCCUGCAAAUACGGCCACCACUCUCCAGCGGAGGGAGGAAA